AUGUUCAUGCGACUUCGCGGUCAUACUUGCAAGUACUGCAUGGGCAUUGAUGAGCAACACUACAAGCGUCAUCACGACAUUGCCGAGCGCUUACGAGCCGUCUAUGAGAGUUGUGGCGAGAUCGACUGGAACAUCGUGCCGGACGAAUCUGAGCUAGAAGAACGUGGAACAGCGAGAGAUCUCGGCGAUGAGGACACUCCAUCCUCAAAGCGUGAGCGGAAGGAUGCAAAGCGUCUGGCAAGAGCGGCUAGUAGAUCUAGAGUCAUUACGCAGGAGGAGAUUAGAUACAUCGACUCCGUUGUACAUUCAGCUGAGGGCAUAACGAGCAACGACGCGGACGGGCCGCGGAAUCCGGAAGAGAUCGAGGAGAUUGAGCGACAGCUUCGUUACCACGCCCAUGUAUACAGCACGCAAGUCGGCCGCAAGGGAAUCAGAAAGCUCGCCGAGGCGCCUGUCGAGUCUUUAAACGUUGACUUCGAAGCCGAAAUGGACCGCAUCUUGGAAACCUUCCGUAUCAACGAGCUACUCAGGCGUAACACCAGAACGAAGGGUCUACAAGGCAAAGAACUCAAGAUGUUCCAAGGCCUCGUCGAAACCUUCAAGCACGCCGUCCUGGAGGACAUCGUUCUGGUCAAGAAAGACACUGCCGAAGUGCGAAUGCGACGAGCAGGCUAUCUCCGAUACACUAGUAAGACCGCGUACGGUAUUGUAGAAGAGAGGUAUACUGGAAAGGACUGGAAAACUGGAGAGAAGUUCGCGUCUAGUCUGAGUGAUUUCAGUGGCGGUAUCACCCCCACGGAUGAGACUGCUCCACUGGUCAGUGAUCAGGACGAUGACCAGUCGCCGCCGCGGUCUAGUACCCUUGACAUCUCCGACCGAAGGCAUCUUCAGAGCAACCACAAGCGCGUGAGCGGCGACGAUGGACUCUACCAUGCAGAUAUUGAGCCCUAUCAUACUCCGCUAUUACCUUUGCCACCCGCCCCAACCUUGAACAGACAGUCGGCUGCGGUUCUGGUGAUCAACGUCAAGGCUUCAGAGCGGGGGCCGACUACAGUGCCUGGCCGGAUCAAGAAGUCACAACAAGCUCCUGAUGGAUGGCAAGUCGUCACGAAUGGAGUGACGCCAACAAAAUCGGUAGCAAAGACGCGCGCUUGGGGUAACAUUCCAAGUAAGCCUCCGGCUCGUGCUCCUCGGCCUGGACCGACUCCAUGGCUUUCCGAUUCGCGCGACUUCCCAAACCUCUCAGCCUCGCGGAGCUCUUCAGAUGAGCCUUAUAGCUCAGCUCCAGCAGUAAAGCCUCCAAAGGCUUGGGGUAUGUCAGCACCCGAGAGUUUUACGACCGAGACGGAAGACUCUGUCAACGGCCAUCCCGCAAUCUCGCAGAAGAAGAAGGCUAAGAAGGCACGAGAGGCGAAGCGCAAGGCAAAGAAGCAGUCUAUACCGGAGGCAGCUAUCAGUCUUCCUGAUCUCCGAAACGAAGCCACUGAAGACGUCUACGACGUGGGUGACGUCUUAGCACAAUCUGCUUCCAUGCUACCUGAGACUAUACUCUACAACAAGGACCGCGAUAGUUCUCAAGAUGUGCUAUCGUACACGGAGAGCGCCAAUGAUCACGAUGCUUCCACUGAGGUAGUAUCAGAGCCAAUCUCCACGGACGCGACAUUCGCUAAGGGAGUGUCUCCAGUACCUCUGCCUGAACCUCUACUACCUAUCACAAAACACGGCAAGCACAUGCACUGGAUUAGAUUUGCCCGCAAAUUUAUUAGCGAUCAACUCACAAAUCCGUUCCCGCCGUCAUGGGAUGGUUGUUCACACAGCACAUCAUGUUCGUUUGAGAACAAUGACAUUCUUGAUUGUCCCUUCCAUGAGCCUCAAUUAUUUAGCACCGGGCCUUUCAACCGCCUCCGUGGAGAGAAACUACUAUCACUGUACGAGAAGGAUCAUCGGACCAAGGGCCGCUUGAUGCUAGUAGACGAUGACCUGAUCAGCUAUCUCAUGGAAGACCCUACUAUUCGAGCGCGCAAUCGCAACCCAGAUGGCGCACCUGAUCGUCUGCAGAAGGAGUACGACGACGUUAAGAAUGGCUUCAAUCCUGGCGCACUAAUGGCUCAAGAGCUUCGAUUCGAGCGACUUUACGCAAAGAACGGAUUCAACAAGCAGGAGCUCACUCAGGUCAUGUUACAGGAUAUCCAGCACAACGAACUCGAGCGUCCAGGUACGGAGCGCAUUUGCUACUGUCGUGCUACUGCACCAAAGGGCGGAUUACUCGCGAAGGACACUGUCGUUUGCUCACAUCGCGACUGUACUACUACGUACUUUCACAAGUCAUGUGUAAAGAAGCUCGGUGUGGAGAAGGUGUCGCGCUGGUACUGCACAUCAUGUGAACAGCAGAUGAAGAUACUCGCAUGUCAGACGCUACGUGGACUAGGCUAUGCUGAUAUCCCCACAGAGCAUCUUUGCAGCUCUUCAUAUGGGCUGAAGGCGGAAGAUUUCGAAGGAAUGCUUGACGAGAAGUUUAGGCAGAUGAUGAGCUCACCCGACAUGGACUACCUGACACUGCUACCUCCCGAUAUUAGGGAGAAGGUUAAAGAACUUGGUGGGCUGCCUUCCAUGCCUGCACAGUUACAGAAGCAACUGAAAGAGAAGGUCAGGGCGCUUGGCAUCAAGUUAGCGGGAGCCGACGUUGACUUCCCGAUAUCUGAUGAGAUGCGACGCGUGCUUUGA